AAGCCCGUGGAAAAAAUUCAACAUGGCGGACGAAGGGAUCAGUGUUGGGAUUCUAACUAUAAGUGAUAGAUGCUUUGAAGGCAAAGCACAAGACAGGAGCGGCCCAAACUUGACGAGAUUGGUCCUCGAAAGCUCCAGUUUGAAAGUCAAGAAUGUUGAGCAUGAUUGCGUCCCAGAUGAAUUAACAGAUAUAAAGAAUGUUUUAUGCAAAUGGAGUGAUGUUGAUAAGUUGAAUCUUGUACUCACUACUGGAGGUACUGGCUUCUCACCUCGUGACAUAACACCUGAGGCAACACAACAGGUUUUGGACAGACUGGCUCCAGGAUUGUCACACCACAUGACAGCAGAAUCCUUGAAAGUCACUCCCCUAGCAGUGUUAUCAAGGUCUGUAUGUGGAAUGAGAAAGAAAACUUUGAUUAUUAAUCUACCAGGAAGCAUGAAAGGUUCUCAGGAAUGUUUUCAGUUCAUACUUCCAGUGCUUCCCCAUGCUUUAGAUAUUCUGAAUGAUUCACCAAAAGCUAGUGUUACCCAUCAGGUCAUGCAAGCACAAAAUAAUGCUAAGCCAUCCAACCAAAAUCAGACAGAGCAUACUUGUCCUCACAAGUUCACCAAAGAUUUAAGUAAAGUUGCUGAGAGAGAUCGACAUUCACCAUACCCACUAGUUCCUAUGGAAAAAGCAGUUGACAUUGUAAUGGAGCAAGCUACCAUCCUGGGUACUCAUCAGAUGGUUAUCAAAGAUGCUACAGGAUGCAUUCUUGCUGAAGAUGUUUACUCUGCAGCACCAUUUCCUCCUUUCCCAGCAUCAAUUAAAGAUGGUUAUGCUGUAUUAGCAUCUGAUGGCGAAGGUGUUCGACAAGUCAUUGGUCCAGUUACUGCAGGUGAAAUGACUUCCUCAGAAGUUACAACUGGCUGCAUCAUGAGGAUAACAACAGGAGCUCCUCUGCCUCCAGGUGCCGAUGCAGUGGUACAAGUUGAAGACACUGAACUUAUUGAGAGUGCAGAUGAGGGGAGGACAGAAGUCAAAGUGAAAAUUUUAAAAAKUCCAAAACCAGGUCUUGACAUCAGGCCCAUUGGUUUCGACAUUGGUGAAGGGGAGAAAGUACUUAAUAAAGGUGAUAUUCUUGGUCCUGCAGAACUUGGUUUGUUAGCAACUGUUGGUGUAAACAAGGUGACAGUGUUUAAAAGGCCAAAAGUUGCUAUCCUUUCUACUGGUAAUGAGAUAGUACAAGCCACAGGAAGCCCAAAUGCUGGCCAAAUCAGAGACAGCAAUAAAGUCACSCUCAUGUCAGCUUUGCAGAAGGAAGGCUUUGAAGUUAUUGACUUGGGAAUUGCAUCAGAUAACCCAGACUCACUAGGAAGCUGCCUUUCCAAUGGCCUAUCCAAAGCUGAUGUUGUCAUCUCAUCUGGUGGUGUAUCAAUGGGAGAAAAGGAUCUUCUCAAGCCCGUACUUCAAGAUCAACUGCAAGCUACACUGCAUUUUGGAAGAGUAUUCAUGAAACCUGGAAAACCAACAACAUUUGCUACAGCAAUGUGUAAURCAGAGAAGAAAYUUAUYUUUGCACUUCCAGGUAACCCAGUUUCAGCCUUGGUAACAUUCUACUUGUUUGUUUUACCGGCUCUGCAUAAAAUGGCAGGCAAUCCCUUCCCUGGUCUCACUCGCAUCAAGGUCAAGCUUCAAAAAGACAUCAAACUUGAUCCAAGACCAGAAUAUCAAAGAGCCAAGUUGUCAUGGCUAGCRGAUGACAACAUCCCUGUUGCCAUAUCAACAGGAAGUCAGUGUAGCAGCCGUCUACUAAGCAUGCGUACUGCUAAUGUCCUUUUAGAGCUACCAGCAAGGUCAGAUAGUUUAACACAUCUAAAGAAAAACACUGUUGUUACGGGUUUGGUAAUUGGUGCAAUUUGAGUYGUUCAAAAURUCAUCUUUGCAGAGAGAUUUUUAARUCAAAUUGAGCUUGAUCCAUUCUUUGUCAMUCAUCUCCUKCUCAUUGCACCAUUUUGUUUUGACUCUGACUAAUAGCUUGGUAGUACAGCAGUCAAUAAUUUAGAACAAUUAACAAAUGAAAAAAUUUACUGAUUCAUAAUAUACUGUUGUGAAAACACA